UGUAGAAAUCCCCGAAAUUUUCCCAAUCCGCAAAUAGGGUUUUAACUAGGGUUUUACAGAUCAAGAUCAACACACUCUCUUUCAACACACAAUGAGAGGAUUGCAGUUGUCAUUGAACAAAGGCCAGAAGUUGAGACUUGAUAGAGCGUUAGAACGGUUGGAAUCUCUCUCCUCUAAAGCAAAUUCCGACGCCUCCGUCACUGUUGCCGACAACAUUUCCGUCGACUAUGAAGACGCCAUCCUCAAGGGCCAUGGGACGGCGGAGAUGGACGGUCGCGUUGUGGCGACUCUCUGUGGAGUGGUGGAGCGCGUGAAUAAGCUCGUCUAUGUUCGGACUUUGAGGGCGAGGUACAAGCCUGAGGUUGGUGAUAUCAUCGUCGGGCGUGUUAUUGAGGUUGCACCAAAGCGCUGGAGACUGGAGAUCAACUUCAGUCAGGACGCAGUGCUGAUGCUUUCUUCAAUGAACUUACCAGAUGGUAUCCAGAGACGGAGAACUGCAGUUGAUGAACUGAACAUGCGCAGCAUAUUUGAAGAAAAUGAUGUUAUAUGUGCUGAAGUUCGAGGCUUCCAGCAUGACGGCUGCCUACACCUGCAAGCAAGAAGCCAGAAGUACGGAAAGCUCAAGAGAGGUCAACUACUUACAAUUUCCCCUUAUCUAGUGAAGAAGCGUAAACAGCACUUCCACUACCUAGACCAAUAUGGAAUUGACUUGAUACUCGGCUGUAAUGGAUUCGUUUGGGUUGGUGAACAUGUUGAAGUGAAAGAUGACAUGGUAGAGGAUCUAUCAAACAAAUCCGAGCAACAAAAUGUGAAAUCUUGGAAUAUGAUGGGUGAUGAAGAAGUAGAAGAAAUAUAUACACCACCUGAGACUAGACAAAACAUAUGCAGGACUGCUAAUGCCAUCAGAGUAUUGUCUACCUUGGGCUUCAUGAUUACAGUAGAAGUCGUCAUGGAAGUUGUCAAUCUGAGUAUCUCUUUGGAUCUUGACAUACAUGAGAUGCUUGGUGCAGAGUUCUAUGUUAUUGUUGCUGAGAAAGAAGCCGAACGUAGAAGCAUGUCGACAAAAAGGAGAUGAUUACUCAGAGCAUAUUGCCGAAGAAUGAUUUUAUUUUGGCCAAAAGCCAUCGAGCAAAGAUCCUAUAGGUGUUUCUCUUUUUAAGCUACUAACAGAGAAGAGCUAUUGUUGUCAAUGUUGGUAGCACCGUACAAUAGCUUUGGAACACCAUUCAUGUAAUGGCCGAAGCAUCAGUUGUUGUCUUAGUUAAUAUUAAAUUUCAAACUGAUUACAUGUAAGAACAUGUCUCCCCAGAUCAGUGAG